AUGAAGCAAGCGGCACAGGCCGCUCAUCGCUCCUCUUCUCAGAAGGCAUUCGGCAGUCAAGGGCUCGAGCCUCUAAGCAAGUCAGAGUUCGAAUGGUGUGUGACAUCACUGUUGCGGUACGGGAAUAGACGCAUGGCCUUCCGCCUCUUUGCAACACUGGACAGCGGUUUUGGAGACAUUGCAGUCUCCAGCUUGAAUCGAAAUCUGGAUUGGGUCGAGGACCUGUUGUCUCUGUUCCAACUGCGGCAGAACUUGUUGGAUCGCUUCGGGUCAUUCGAAGAGAUAGCGGAAGCCCUGCGCUGGGCGACAAACUCGGGCACGGAUGAUUUGAAGAGUCUCGCCCCAACACCUUUGGCCCGCAGUGUUUCAAGGCGAGACUUUGUGGCGGCGGUGGGGUCGCUGGGUGUGUGUGCAAGCCAGGCUAUUCACCUCUUUCUCCUGCUGGACUUUGAUGGCAAGGGCAUGGUAGAGCUGUCGCAGUUCAUGCACGCGAUCGAAGAGAUCCCAACGGAGCUCACUUGGCGGGAUCUGCGUCAGCGGCUGCUAGCCAAGCAAGGAUCCAUGGCCGAUGCGCUUCGUUGUUUAGAUGCCACCAACUCGGAUCUGUCUGAAUCCGAGCUUGCACGCAUCGUAACCAGAUGUGAGAUCCCGGGCUUCCAAGCCCUUCAGCUCGGAGGAAGUUCUGCCAUUUCUGCCUCGAGGGACCUGCGCCGCAUGUUGCGUGCGGCCGCGCCAGCCAUCAGCCUGCAGGACUUUUGGCAGCGCGUGGCCACAGAGUGGCCCCAGGUGGCGGAAGCUGCCGCAGCGAGGCACCCCGUAAAGCCCAACAAGGCCAGCAAGGCCAACAAGGCCGACAAGGCCGACAAGCCUGAGGCAGAGGCACAGACCCCGCAUGCCGCGCAACGGUGCCUGGAGACCUUGCUGUCGGAGCUUCUCCCUGAGUUCCACGAGACUUGCUCCAACUCAGAAAGCAACAUACAAGUCCUUCCCAGCCUGUCCUUCGAAAUGUUCGACGCUCUGUCGUGUCAUGUGGAUGUUUCACAAGAAAAUGCCCGAGAGCUUUUCCACUGCAUCGCAUCAACUGCAGCUGCCUUGGAUGAAACGACGGGUGAGGCACUUCAGCCAGCGAACCUUGCAUCCUCACAGCCCUCUUCUUCAGUUUUUGUGGAAGACUUUGCUGAGCAGCUCACGAUGUGGGCCGAGACUUCGGAGCCAAAAGGCUCUAAAAGGACUGGGGCAGCAGAAAGGGUCCGUCAGGUGGUAGCUCCGGUAAGAGCUGCCAUUUCUGCUUUGAAGGCCGAGCUGCAACCCACAGCCGAAAGCACUGCAGAAACUGCAGCCGAUGACGCCAGGAGAAGUGAAACGAGUGAACUACAGGAGCCGCACCGGGAGGCCCCUUUGAAGGGUCUGUCACGUUCCAAGAUGCGGAGGAGGUCGAAGCUGCCCUGGUGCACCUACUAUCGAUGCUGCCCUUCUUAG